AUGCGAUGCUCCCCGAGGCGCGUCCUCACUGCUGCCCUUGCAGCCUCCUUCCUCCUCCUCCUCCUCCUCCUCCUCCUGGGCAGCCGCUGGGAGCAGAGCCUGGAGGAUCCCCUAGAGGGGGAGCUCAGGGGCCUGGUGCCGGCGGCAGCCCUGCAGGCGCUGCAGCACGAGCGGGUCCUGCGAGCCCUCCGGGAGCUGGGCAACCUCUCUGCGCCGCACAACGUCUCCUGCCACCUGCUCGCCGGCUCCCCGCCGCCCGACAAGAAGUUCCUGGCAGUGGGGCUGGCRUCAGUGCGGCGGCCACGUGGCUACUACCUCCGGGCCACGCUGCAGUCUGUCUUUGAGCAGUCGACRGAGGAGGAGCUGCAGGAGAUGGUGGUGGUGGUGCACCUGGCCGACCCGGACCCGGGCUGGAACGCAUGGGUGACUGCGGACAUCGCCCGCAGGUUUGCUCACCACCUCCUGCGGGGCCAGCUCCUGCUUAUCCACGCUCCCCAGGAGUUUUACCCGCCUCUGGAUGGCCUGAAGAGGAACUACAAUGACCCAGAAGAGCGGGUGAAGUUCAGGUCCAAGCAGAAUGUGGAUUACGCGUUCCUCCUUGCCUUUGCCGCCAACCUUUCCACCUACUACCUGAUGAUCGAGGAUGACGUGAAGUGCUCCAAGUCCUUCCUCACGGCCAUCCGCAAGGCACUGACCUCCAGGGAAGGCUCCAACUGGGCCACCCUCGAAUUCUCCAAGCUGGGCUACAUUGGGAAGCUCUACCACUCCAGUGACCUUCCUCGCCUGGCUCGCUUCCUCCUCCUCUUCUACCAGGAGAUGCCGUGUGACUGGCUGCUGAGCUACUUCCGCCUCCUGCUCACGCAGAAGGACGUCAUCCGCUUCAAGCCCUCGCUCUUCCAGCACAUGGGCUUCUACUCGUCCUUGCAGGGCACUGUCAACCGGUUGGAGGACGAUGACUUUGAGGCGUACGCCCUGGACCUGCCGGACAACCCGCCAGCAGCUCUCUUCACUGACAUUGCAGUCUUUGAGAAUUACGAGCCCUCCAAGGCCUACAGCGGAGCAGAGGGCUACUUCUGGGGGAAGGCCCCGGSGGACGGCAGCGUUUUCUGCGUCAUUUUCCAGCAGCCGGCACACGUGAGGCGCGUGCGGGUGCGCACGGGCUCCAGCGAGCGCCGGGGGGACUUCCUGCAUGCGGGGACGCUGGAGCUGGGCUGGCGCCGGCGGCCCCACGCCCGGGACUGCUCCCUCUACACUCCCAUGGGCAUCUUCACUAAGGGGCUCUUUGAGCGGGGGGGGCUGGAAAAGGAGGUGCCGCAUGCCGUCGAGUGCGUGAGGAUACGGGUGACCCAGGGCCAGAGCGAGUGGCUCAUCAUCCAGAGCAUCGACAUCUGGACAGCGUCRAGCACCUGACGAGGGAGGUGACAGGCACGGCAGCCUUUGGGAGGACUUUGCACUAUUUUGAGAGGAGCUGUAUUUUUCGUAGUCCCCUUUUCUGACGG